GACGUCGUAGCUCUCGACCUCUCCUUAGCCCCCCAGAUUUGAUUCGAGGAUCGGAGAUAUGAGAUGAUGAGUUUGUCAUUUUGUUGAAUCUUAUUUGAUCCAUCGAUCUCUCUCGAUUCCGAUCGCGAAAACACGAUUUGUUUAUUCAGCGACGAAGACGAUGAUGAAGAUGCAAAUCGGUGUGCUGGCGUUUCUGGUGGCUCUCUCUGCGAUUGAAUCCGGAAUCGCUUCUCCCAACACCGUCCCUGCUUUCCUCUGGUCUCCGCAUCUCCAGGCUGGUAAUGGUGGGAUGGAUGAGGCUGUGAAUUAUCAGGUCAUGUCUGCAAAGGAUCUAGUUGACUCUGUCUUCACCCAAGGAGGAUGGUCAAACAUUCUGUGCUCUGAGAAGAAGGUUGAGCACCCUGUUGUUGAUGUUGCACUUGUGUUCAUCGGCAGAGAGUUACUGUCUUCUGAUGUUUCUUCCAAAAGGAACUCGGAACCUUCCCUUGUUAACACAUUGAAUGGUCUCUUUACAGCUUCCAACUUCUCAUUGGCAUUCCCAUACAUUUCUGCGCCAGAGGAAGAAAGGAUGGAGAGUUUAUUGCUUUCAGGGCUUAAACAAGCUUGCCCUCACAAUGUAGGAGUCAGCAAUAUUGUGUUCUCAGAUUCUUGCUUUGUUGAGGAUGGAAUGAUUCAGAAACUAUCAGAUCUUCAGUCUUUCAAAGAUCAUUUGCUUUCUAGAAAAGAAACAAGGAAAGAAGGAGAAACUGACUUGGUUGUGCUCUGUUCCGAGGGUUCUGGAUCAAACAGCCAAUCUGGCCAGUCACAUUCAGAGCGUGAAAGCAUCUCCGAACUUGUUAGUUCUGUAGAACAAUCUGGCAGUAAAUAUACAGCGCUUUAUGUUUCUGAUCCUUAUUGGUACACAUCUUACAAAACUCUCCAAAGGUUUCUAGCUGAAAGUGGUACAGGAAACAGCACCGUUGGUGUUGCUACGACCUGUGAUGAACUCUGCAAAUUUAAGUCAUCACUUCUGGAGGGCAUUCUAGUGGGAAUCGUUUUCCUUCUCAUCUUGAUCAGCGGACUUUGUUGUAUGGCGGGUAUCGAUACACCAACUAGAUUCGAGACUCCUCAAGAUUCUUAAGCUGUUGUUGACCUCUUAAGAGUCAUCCCCAACUUUUGCUUUGCUUUUUGCUUGUGACGGGUCUUUUCUUCUGCAUAGUGCGCAUGGUGAAAAAGGUACUUGUUUCACGACCUUUAAAACAAAAAUUGCAUAUGCUAUUAAAAAGUCCCCUUUGUAACAUUUAUUCAUCUUGUUUGUGAGUCUUUCCUAAACGUGUUAUAAGUUAAUAAUGGAGAGCGAGUAAAAAACCAUAUAUUCUUUUAAAUAUAUGUAAGAUUUUAUACA